GCGGUCCAUCUGCCAACGGAGAUGGUUCAAGUGGGCUGCUUGCAUCAUGAAGUGAGAAAACGUCCCUUCUCCCCAUAAGAUAUACAAAGAAAGCAACGCGGGAGGAUACGCAAGCAUCAAAAGUCAAUCCCCAGCAGUCAUCAGCAGUGUUCGUUUCCCGGGAACGCGCACAGGACCCAAAGUAGAAAGGUGUGCGGCGACAGAAUUUCGCACUCCGACAAGACGCCCAGAUCCGUUUAGGAUUUUCGUGUAUCCUCCUUUCUAGCUGCCUCUUUCCUCUGUCGGUCUCGUCACCACCAGGCAGCAGCGAACGACUUGCAUUUCCUACGUCGUCAAGAACCACAGGUGUAUCCAAAGCAUUGCCUGUUCAUAUAGAUCGUGCUGGCUGCGAUCCUCACCUGUUGUGCGCGACAUUUAGUGCUUUGCUCAAGCAUUGUACUGAACUCCGCAAUUACUUUCGCGUUGCUCACGAUUUCAGGUUCACGAAAUAUACAGGAGUUCAAAAACUCGCAGUUCCAACUAGUUGCUAGCGGGUCGCCCAACGUUCAUCAUCUAUGACCUCCGCACACCAUCCACAAGCAUCGGGAUACCCUGUGGCUCACAACCAGAGUAGCCAACGGCUACCGUCUUUGAGACACUUAGACUUCUACCCUGGUUCAGGUCCGACCCAACCGACGUUGACUGGUCCCACAGAAUACGCCCCACCGCCUGCGCAUUUGACUCGUGAGGAGGCUACGUCGUGGACGCGGCCUACAUCGUCUCCGUCUGUGCCUGUCUUCCAACAGCCAACACCUGUUGCAACUCGCCCUCCAGAGCUUCAAAAGCCUCACUAUUCGAGCCACCCGUCCAAUUCUUAUGCCAGUCCUCACCCUCCACCGACAUCAUUAUCGACUCAGUCACGUACUGCGAGCUCCGGUGCUCAACACACAAGUAAUGGUCGCGGGGAGGUUGCGCCACAGAGUGCGCCGAAGCGCACCCAUUCUAGUUCGAGUGUGAGCGAGACGCCAGGGCGCUCUCCUCAGACCGCCUACCCGCCACAUGCUCAAUACGCUGUUCAGUCACCUCCAUAUCAUCCAACAGUCGCUCCUCCUCCGGAGAGCAUGCACCACCCAUCUGCUUACUCUCAACCACCAGUUGGAUAUUCACAGUACCAGCCACCUCAACAGAUGUCUCAGAGACCAUAUCAUCCACAACCACUGCCGCCCGUACGGUCGCAUCAGUCCCCCACAACUCACCAACCGACGCACCAGUCAGCACACCAGUCGCCUUCGAUGCAUCAACUUCCGCCUCCCCAUCAUCCUUCCGCCAGUUACCAACAGCAAUCGCCUGUUCAUCAGGCUCCUGCGCCUACCAAUCAUCCACCUCCUGCUGGCCGUCCAACUGCUCAUCAUCAGCCUUUGGCUGCACAUCAUUCUCAGCAGCCUCAUCAUUCCCAGCCUCCUCAUCACUCCCCGCCUUCUCAUCAGCCUUCACAUCAGUCUGUAGCACCUACGCAGGCCGUGCAGCCUUCCCAUAGUUCGUAUCCACCACAGCCUGAGCACUGGUCGCAUCACCAACCGCUUACACCGGCUCAACCUCAGGCACCGCUGCCACACCAGACAUAUGAAAGUCUUUCAAGGAACGUGCCUCCGAUAGCAACCCUUGUUGAUCCUCGCAAUGUGGCUGCUUCUAUCGACCCAGACAAGUUAGCGUCUCGCCAGGGCACGAUCUCCAAGAUUGUCGAGCAUUGUAAUGCAUUAUACAGUUUCGCAAGUCGAUAUGCCAACUCGCCCAAUAUGCAGCCUUCUCCUUCUGAGCUGCACGAGAUGGCCCAACGCGCUUCUACUGUGGUCCGCUUGUUAGAGGAUCUCCGUCGACUUGAUCUCCCCGCUGAUCAGCCGCCAAAGGAGGAGUCUUCGCACAAUGGCAUAUCUGAUGAACAUCGACCCCCGAAACGGCCAUGGGAAGAUAUGUCCAGAGACGAUGAAGCCACGCCUCCCGUCAGUAACUACAGACCUGACCAUGUCGAUGAGAAGGCACAGUCCACAGCUGAGGCGGACAUGGAGAUCAUUCGCAGUAAGCGUGCGACCAGCUCGGCUGCCAAUGUACCCGGCCAGCCCAAGAGCAAAUAUAGAAAGCGUAGCCGGGCCACCCCUCCAGGGAAAUGUCAUUCGUGCAAUAUCCGAGAAACACCGGAGUGGAGGCGAGGUCCGGAUGGUGCUCGCACCCUUUGCAACGCUUGUGGUCUCCACUAUGCAAAGCUAAUGCGUAAACGCGACAAGGCAGGUUUAGGACCAGAUGGGAAGCCUGCGAAUAUCACAAUAGAAUCACUCCGUGCAUCCACCGCGUCUGCGAGGGGCGCUGAACAUGGGGAAGCUCCUUCACAAGCACCCUCAUCCCAUCACCACAUGCCUCCCCCUCCGUCACAUCCAACACAGGGUCCCCCGCCUCAGUCGCCCUACCCUGAGCACGCGCCCAUGAAGCAACUUCCUCCCCCCAUGCAUCCAUCCCAUCAUGCUUCACAGCACCCUCAUCCGCAACCCCAACCUGGUUCAUAUCACCUCAUGCCGCCUCCUCCGGCUCCUCCACUUUCUGGACAGCAUCCUCACCAUCAUAUGAUGCCUCCCCCUCCGCCACCGACUGGUCAUGCUGAGUCUGGGCCUAAUGUCGCUGCCCGUCCUUGGUUGUCCCCGUCUGGACGCGGAGGAUACGACCAAUCAUAUAUGAGACCUUCUAACCCUGCGUCCCAUGCACGCUCUUCUCCCCACUGACUUGUAUAGGUAUCAGCUUCGCCGGUAAUGCUACGUUAUGCUUUAAUUCAUUUCGUUCUAGUUCUUGCUUUCCCUAAUACUUCACCCUAGGAAUACCUAGGUUGCUACAUCUUGUGGUGUUAUGAUUAUGGUCCUCGUCCUAUGCGUUUCGUUUUAUUCUUUAUCCGGAACAUUAGUAAUGCUCGAACGAUUUAUACCUGUAAAUAACGAUCUUAUUCUUAUGGUACGAUUCAUUCGCUUUGAAUUUGACGUCCGCCCCCAGGUUCCUUUAC